UUGUUAUUUACUAAUCUACUUUGCUCAAGAGAGUUGUAAUUUCCAGAGAGAGAGAUGGAUUAUCGAACUUCUUCGCCUGAAGAUUUGAUUCAGUUAAGAAAGGAAACUGAUGGCAUUGCUUACGUGACGAUCAAUCGACCGAAGCAACUGAAUUCUCUCACGAGGCAGAUGAUGGCAGAUUUAGCCAAGGCGUUCAAAUCUCUCGACGCCGACGAUUCCGUCAAAGUCAUUAUAUUUUCAGGUGCCGGUAGGGCUUUCUGCUCUGGAGUCGAUUUGACGGCGGCGGAGGAUGUUUUCAAAGGGGACGUGGCGGACGUGGACAGCGAUCCGGUGGCACAAAUGGAGCGUUGUCGCAAACCGAUCAUUGGAGCUAUUGCAGGAUUUGCAGUGACUGCUGGCUUCGAAAUUGCCCUAGCUUGUGAUAUUUUAGUCGCGGCUAAGGGAACUAAGUUCAUCGAUACCCAUGCAAGGUUUGGGAUAUUCCCUUCAUGGGGUCUAUCCCAGAAGCUUUCUCGCAUCAUAGGGCCAAACAAAGCUCGAGAAGUGUCUUUGGCAGCCACACCCUUGAUCGCAGAACAAGCAGAGAAAUUGGGAUUUGUGAAUCAUGUUGUCGAAGAGAGUGAAGUGCUGAAGAAAGCCCGAGAAAUUGCUGAGGCCAUUGUGAAAAAUAAUCAGAACUUGGUGCUUCUUUACAAGUCAGUCAUUAAUGAUGGCAUCAAGCUGAAUCUUGGAAAUGCUCUUUCACUAGAAAAGGAAAGAGCUCACAAGUACUACAACGGAAUGACCAAGGAGCAGUUCAAGAAAAUGCAGGAAUUCAUAGCUGGUCGAAGUUCAAAGAAACCUUCUUCAAAGCUGUAGACUUGAAUACCCUCACUGUUGUUCAUGCCUGAUUUGAAAUCAGGUUCCAUAGUGGGAACUCAAAAUCACAAUAAUGAAUAACAAGGUUGUCAAGAUAACCUGCAAUGCAUGUAAUUUGUUUGAUUUGCAGAAUUACAUUGUGACAUGAUAUAGAUUGUAUUAGGAUUUCAGUUUUUCCCAGAAUUACUUGUAAUGUUAUUGUAGGUCAUGACUGUUUUUAACAUAGGUGAGAAAAUAAGAAAAUUAUUGCUGUGAA